AUUUAUCGAUCGUUUCAGACGAGUAUAUAUAUACGAGUAUAAUGCAAACACCAAAACUUUAAAAAAAUAGACAUCUCAUGUAUGAAAAUUGUGUAUACAAUAAUAAAUAAUAAUAAGCUUUUUCAAAUUUUUUUAAAAAAUGGGAAUAGGUAAAAGUCAGUUUUCUGAAGAUGAACUACAAGAUUAUCAGGAUUUGACAUAUUUUACGAAAAAAGAAGUUUUGCAUGCACAUCAAAAGUUUAAAGCACUUGCUCCAGAAAAAGUUGGUCAUAACAGAAAUGCAAAACUUCCAAUGUCUAAAAUCUUACAAUAUCCUGAAUUAAGAGUAAAUCCCUUUGGAGAUAGAAUUUGUAAAGUUUUUAGUUCAAGCCAAGAUGGAGAUUGUACCUUUGAAGACUUUUUAGACAUGAUGUCUGUUUUUAGUGAUGCAGCUCCAAAAGCUGUCAAAGCAGAACAUGCAUUUAGAAUAUUUGAUUUUGAUGGAGAUGAUAUGCUUGGUAUUGGAGAUUUAAGACAAGUAGUAGAUAGACUUACUGCUCCACAAAGAUUAAAUGAAACAGAUAUACAACAAGUUCUUCAAUAUAUACUUGAUGAAGCAGAUUUAGAUGAUGAUGGUGCACUUAGCUUUGCAGAAUUUGAACAUAUUAUAGAAAAAAGUAGUGAUUUUUCAAAGAGUUUCUGCAUACGUUUAUGAAAUAUAGAAUAUUAGUAAAAAGUAGUAAAAGAACAACAUAAGACUGAACAUUAUAUUAUUAUUGAAGUAUUUCAAUAUACUCAAUAAGCCUAAUUAUUAUAAUAUUUAGUAUAAAAAAAAAAUAAUCUUAUGAAUUUAAAGUGUGCCAAUAUUUUCUAAAGGCCUACUAUAUUAAAAAUAACUUUCUUGUUUUCUAAGGAAUAUAGUUAUAGAAUUGUCUUAAACUAAA